CUACAAUGCCCAUAAUACAGCGCUUGUUCACCACGUGACACUCUGCAGCCUAUCGGUAGCCAAAGGAAGUAGAUGUCACGUGAAUCCGGUGGUUAUCUGACUAUAAUACGCUUGUGCGUGUCACUGAAAACCGGGCCGAGCUUUCAUGAAGUUGGGUUAUUGUCGCACUGCAUAUUGGGAGUGAUGUCAUUUUCCUGAGCCGUAGCAACAGUCACAUUCUGUAAAGCAGCAGCGGAUCAUAAAGACUUAAAAGGGGUGCAUCAGACAACUCACUAUUAACAAGAUGAACAGCUACAAGAUGCAGAUGGCAGAGCAGUUCUUGAGUCACGCCCUGGGCUUUAUCUAUCUGCUGACCGGUCAGGAAUACACGAUUGUGAAGAAGAAUUCUCCCCACAGCAGCAGUCACCGGCUGACCGGAGAGGUCCCUAUAAAGUGUGACGAUGUUGCUAUGAAUUUCUCUAUGGAGGAGUGGGCGUAUAUAGAGGGACAGAAACUUUACAAAGAUGUCGUGAUGGAGAAACACGAAAAACCGGGGAGCGUAGUAGUCGCAUCAGACAAGAGCUCAGGCGAUGCUGAUAAUAACUCAGAUACAGAAUUUAUUAAUGAGGAAGGAGAGGCUGAGAGACUUGAAAAGACAAUUCCAGCUAUCUGUGCAGACAUUGCAUCAAGAAACGAGGAAGAGGAGAAUCCAAUCGAUGAAACAGAUAACCCACAGAUGGACGUCCAAUCAGACCGUUGUACAGAAAUAACAGGUUCCCAUGGAGACUAUGCAGAUAUUAUGAUCAAAUGGGAAGAACAAAACAAUGGAAGAGAUGAAAGUGAUAUUUGUCAGGAGGAAAUACCUGCAGAACCCUGUACAGGUCUUCUUGAAGAAAAUUCAGAUACUUUAACAAAACCAAAUGAAGAAAUCGCUGAAAGAGAUCAAAUUCAUAUUCAACAAAUGCAAAAAUGUUCAGAGCUAUAUACAGAUCACUACAAUAAACAUCUCAUCACCUCUAUUGAGGAUAGAAUAGAUGAAAAGGACAUUAAACAGGAGGAAAUCUAUUCAGCGCCCUCUGUUGGGCACUCAUUCACAACAGAUGGAUAUGACAGUGAAGUAAUGGAAGAAUCAAGAACUAUAGAAUCUCUAUCAGAAAAGAUGAUAGAAAAUAAUAACAGUUUUAGUACUUUGCAAAAUCAUAGAAAACUGUUUGACAAAUACUCACAUAAAAACUUCAUUAGUGAGGGUAUAAAUCUCAAAUACGUCUUGAGAGCUUGCAAACCUGAACAAAGUUCCUCCUGUCUAGAGGACAGCAUUUUCAAAGACUGUAAUGAUGCACCAUCUACUUCUACGACUGAAAUCUAUGCAAACCGUUUUGGCGAAAAAGGACACGAUACUUACUACCAGGAAUUAACGUCAAUAGAUAAACCAUAUCUGUGCCCUGAAUGUGGUAAAGGCUUUUCUUGUUUGUCUGGAUUUGAUAGACACAGAAGAACCCACACAGGAGAGAAGCCCUUUUUUUGCCAUCAAUGCAGAAAAGGUUUUACUCGAAAGUCAAGCCUGGUUUUACACAAAAGAAUUCACACCGGAGAGAAACCAUAUGUUUGCCAGCAAUGUGGAAGAGGCUUUACUCAAAGAUUCAAUCUGGUUGUUCACAAUAGAAUCCACACUAAUGAAAAGCCUUAUAUAUGUCAGUACUGUGGAAAAGGCUUUGCUUAUAGAGAGUCUUUGAAUAUACACCAUAAAAUCCACACAGGAGAGAGUUCUUAUGUUUGCAAGUAAUAUUUAAAUGGCUACUGUCAUAAUUUUAGAUUGGUUGUUCACUGCAGAAUGGAUAUAGAUAAGAACCCUUAUGUGAUCCCUCACUUAGGUCUAAGUUACAAGUGGAGAACAAAAAUAUUAGCACUAUUGAGCGCUAACACUGCACAAGUUAAAUCAAUAGUAAGCGAAAGACUCAGGCACACUAACGUCCCUUUCCUCAUAGACUUCUAUGGCACACGCUACAAAAGCCUCUUCUUGUUUUAGCUUGUGCGCUAAUCCAGAAGUGCACUAGGACAACUUCACUAAAGCCAAAGGUGUGUUAAGAAAUACUUUACAUUCCUUUGUUCUUCAUAUAUAUAUAUAUAUAUAUAUAUACAUAUGUGUGUAUAUAUAUAUAUAUUUGUAUGUGUGUAUGUAUAUAUGUGUACGUGUAUACAUAUAUACAUAAAUAAACAUAUAUAUAUAUAUAUAUAUAUAUAUACACCUACAAAUAUAUACAUCUUAACAUAUGCCAUAUCCCUUAUAAACAAAGCAUAUGUUGUUUUUUUAUAGAAAUACUUUAAAUACCUUUGCUCUUCACUUAGAAUAAAUUAUAUACAGGUAGCCCUCUGUUUACGCCGAGGUUAGGUUCCAGGAGGAAUGGUUGUAAAUCGAAACUGUUGUAAAUUAAUACCCAGUUUAUAAUGUAAGUCAAUGGGAAAUGAGGGAGUUAGGCUCCAGGCUCCUCUCAAAAUUGACAUAAGUAACACCUAAUACAUUAUUUUUAAAGCUUUGAAAUGAAGACUUUAAAUGCUAAACAGCAUUAUAAACCUAAUUAACUAAUCACACAACAGACUGUAUCAUCAAACUAAGUAUAGUGAACAAAAACAUUUGCUAAUAAUCACACAACAGACUGUAUCAUCAAACUAAGUUUAGUGAACAAAAACAUUUGCUAAUAAUCACACAACAGACUGAAUCAAACUAAGUUUAAUGAACAAAACAUUUUUUUACUUGCAUUUUUCUGCAAACAGUUCUCUGCAUUGUUAGCAUGUUAGAUAAUAUUGGGUCUGCACCUAUUCUAUGCAUUUUAAUCUGGACUGAUUAAGCAGCUAGGCACCCUCACCGCAAGCAGCUGGACAGGAAGAUAAUAGGGAAGUGGCUGCUAGAUCUUGUUGCUUGAUAGGUCUGGUCUGCUCUGUGUAUACAGAUUAAUUUCAGUCUGCUAAGAUUACCUAACUUUGCUGCAACACAAGCGGACAGCUCCACCUACUGGCUAUUUUAAUUAGUGCACUGCUUUUCAAUAGCAGUCACAUGACUGAAAAAAAGGUUGUUAUUCUGAAACGGCGCAAUUUGAACCAGCGUAAA